AUGCUCUUCAAAUCUAUCUUUCGGGCCCUAGCCGUCGUGGCCUUGGUCGGAGAGGCAGUAGACGCUCUAAGCCUGCGGAGGCUCAGCCGCGCCAAGGUCCUCAGGCUCCGGAAGAAGGUGCAGAGUUGCAAGCGCGUGCUGCACGUCACCAUAAUCCACCCCAGACAGCUGGGGGCGGACCCCGACACGGACAUCGAGGCCGACGUCAAGAGCAUCAUCAGCGACCUGACGACGGACCUGAUCCCCGAGACCCAGAACGUCGACCCCUUCACCGAUGCCGACGCCGACUUCCCCGGCUUCUGGGACGAGUUCUCGGGGCUGACGGCCGAUGUCAAUACGCUCCUGACCGACCUGAAGGGCAACGCCAACGCCGCUAACACGGGCUUGGGCCAGGCCAUGGGGUUGGCUAAUAUGUUGAAGACCUUCAACUCUGACUGGAACAUAGAGUCGACGCUUGAUGAUACCGAUACCGACUUCGAGGCAGCCAUCGAGGCACUUUCCGGUGGCUUCUUCUGA